UGUGACGGACGGCCCUAUCUGCCAUUUCUGCCUGAGCACAAGAAGCUGCCUCUUGUAGAAAGGAAGGUGCCUCACCCCACACACAGACAGCUGCACUACAGCCUGUGUUCUCUCCAUAUCACCACCAGCUUGUCUCUGCUAAGAUGGCUCAGUGUGUGACCAAAAUUCAGUUGUCCAUCUCGUGUGCGGACCUGUUGGAUAAGGACGUUGGUUCAAAAUCUGACCCCUUGUGUGUUGUACAACAGAGCAUUGGUGAUGGAAAGUGGUCAGAGCUGGCAAGAACGGAGAAGGUGAAGAACUGCCAGAGCCCCGAGUUUUCAACAAAGCCAGUCGUUGAUUAUUUCUUUGAGAAGGUUCAGAAUAUCAAGUUUGGUGUCUACGACAUUGACAACAAGUCUGUGAAUCUAAACGAUGACGAUUAUCUCGGGGGCUAUGAGUGCACCCUGGGCCAGAUUGUGUCCAAUCGUAAGCUGAAAGGGCCCUUGGAACUGAAGAAAGGAAAACUUGCAGGAAAAGGAACCAUUACCAUUAUAGCAGAAGAGAUUAAGGAUGCACGAAUUGUAAAUCUAGAGAUUGAAGCUAGGAACUUGGAUAAAAAGGAUUUCCUUGGGAAAUCGGAUCCAUUCCUGGAGCUGUACAGGCAAGGGGAUGAUGGAUCCUGGCAACUAGCACACAGGACAGAGGUGGUGAAGAACAAUCUGAAUCCUUCCUGGAAGAAGUUCAGUGUUAGCUUGCAGAGUUUAUGUGCUGGGGACUUAAGUAAACCUAUCAAGGUUCACUGUACAGAUUAUGAUAGCGAUGGCUCUCAUGACUUAAUAGGGAUAUUUGAGACUAACUUGUCUCAGCUGCAGAAAGCAGAAGGAGGUUCUCCGGUGGAAUUUGAGUGUAUUAAUCCCCAAAAAAAGCAAAAGAAGAAGAGCUACAAAAACUCUGGGACUGUUCGGGUCAAGUCUUGUAAAAUAGAUGUGGAGUAUUCAUUCUUAGAUUAUGUGAUGGGUGGCUGCCAAAUCAACUUUACAGUUGGUAUAGACUUCACUGGUUCCAAUGGGGAUCCCAAAUCGCCCGAUUCACUCCAUUACAUUAGCCCAAAUGGAGUCAACGAGUACCUGACUGCAAUCUGGUGUGUGGGGAAUGUGGUCCAGGACUACGACACGUAAGUCCAUCAUGAUGAU